GAUUGAGCUCGAUCCAAACAGCCGGUUGUGGCCAAAUGGGUAUCGAAAUAUUGUGCCUAAUCUUCAUCUUCCUCCUCCUCAUCCGCGUGCUCACCAGGAGCUACGCCGCCUCCCCAUCGCCGCCCACCAUGUCCGCGGAGGCGGCACUCCGGCUGCCACCGGGGCCAUGGCAGCUGCCGCUGAUCGGCAGCCUGCACCACCUCCUGCUGUCACGGUUCAGCGACCUGCCCCACCGGGCGCUGCGCGAGAUGUCCGGAACAUACGGUCCGCUCAUGCUGCUCCGCCUCGGCUCCGUGCCCACGCUGGUGGCCUCCUCCGCCGAGGCCGCGAGGGAGGUGAUGCGGAGCCACGACGUGGCCUUCUGCAGCCGCUACCUGAGCGCCAGCCUGGACAUCAUCAGCUGUGGCGGGAGGGGCGUGCUCUUCUCCCCCUACAACGACCGCUGGCGCGAGCUCCGCAAGGUGUGCAUGCUGGAGCUCUUCAACCCGCGGCGCGUGCUCUCGUUCCGGAGCGUCCGGGAGGAGGAGGUGGCGCGCCUCCUGCGCUCCAUCUCGGACCAGUGUGGCGGUGGCGGCAGGCACGCCGCCGCCGUCGUCAACCUCAGCGAGGCCAUCUGCCGCAUGGUGAACGACGUCGUCGUGCGGACCGCCAUCGGCGACCGGUGCAAGCACCGCGACGAGUUCCUGCGCGAGCUCGACGAGGCGGUGCGGCUCACCGGCGGGUUCAGCCUCGCUGACCUGUACCCGUCGUCGCGCCUCGUGCGCUGGUUCAGCGCUUCCGCCAGAGACAUGGGAAGGUGCCAGAAGAACGUGUACGGCAUCAUCGGGAGCAUCAUCCGUGAGCGAGACGGCGCGCGCGUGCCUGGGCGGCGGGAGGACGACCUCCUCGGCGUCCUGCUGAGGCUGCAGAGGGAAGGUGGCCUGCAGUUCGCGCUCACCGACGAGAUAGUCAUCGCCGUCAUCUUCGAUAUUUUCGCUGCCGGGAGUGAGACUUCAUCGACGGUGCUAGCGUGGGCCAUGUCAGAGCUCGUCAUGAACCCACGGGUGCUGCACAAGGCGCAGUCAGAGGUGAGAGAGACGUUCAAGGGCCAGGAAAGGCUAACCGAAGACGACAUGCCCAGGCUGAGCUACCUGCACCUGGUGAUCAAGGAGGCGCUACGGCUGCACGCGCCGGUGCCACUGCUGCUGCCCCGGGAGUGCCGGGAGCCGUGCCGGGUCAUGGGCUACGACGUGCCGGAGGGCACCAGGGUGUUCGUGAACGUCUGGGCCAUCGGGAGGGACGACGGGUUCUGGGGCGACGGUGAGGUGUUCAGGCCAGAGAGGUUCGACGGCGGCGGCGGCGGCGUCGACUUCAGGGGCAACGACUUCGAGUUCACCCCGUUCGGGGCCGGCAGGAGGAUCUGCCCUGGCAUCGCGCUCGGGCUGGCCAACAUGGAGCUCGCGCUCGCUAGCCUUCUCUACCAUUUCGACUGGGAGCAGCCCGCGGACGGCCCUGGAACUGGAAGCAGCGGCAGCCUCGACAUGGCAGAGGCCUUCGGUAUAACGCUGAGGAGGAAGUCCAAGCUCUUGCUCAAGGCCACACCUCGUGUCGAAACCAAGUAGUUGUUCUAUGCUAGUACUAUGAUGCAUCGGCAGGGCAAUCAUCCGAUCCGUUUGCCGCUUCUACAGUUCUACUUGUAGAGCCAAUGGAUCAAAGGCACUGCCUGGUUGAGUGCAAUGCAACUGUAGUUUCCACCAGUUUGGGACCACCUCGUGUGUAUCGUUUGAUAUUUAAGUCUCGCGAUCGAGUACUUAUUAGAGCAAGGAUAAUAAGCUAGCCGGCUGCCGGUUUGUAUAGUCUUGACACGUUGCUUGAAACAAAUGCUUAUAUAAGAGCAUCUCUAAAA